ACACAUCCUGAUUUACAAGAACAAAAUAUUUAUGACCACAAUUUGAGCCCAUACUCUUCACCUUAUGUUUUCUCUGGUGAAUUCAGAGAGUUACAGAUAGUGUGAAAAGGUGUUUCCUCUAGAUUUCCCAUUUUUUGUACAUUUUUCACAUUUAAAUGUUUCAGAUUAACAAAAAAAUAAAAUAUCAGACAAAAUUAACAAAAGUAAACACAGAAUGCAGUUUCUAAAGGUGUUUAUUAUUAAGGGGAAGAAAAUGCAAAUCUACAUGAUGCUGUGUGGAAAAAGUGAUCGGCCCCUGAUGGCCCUUUGUUGGGCCACCCAGCAACAACUGCAGUCAAGUAUCUGUGAGUCUGUCUGAUUUAGGACUUUGACUAGGCCACACUGAAGUGUUCAGAGAAACUGAAAAUACACCUGUGAUACACCACAGUUAAUUCACAUUUUAACAUUCAUUAAUGGUAAUAGUAAAUUUAUUUAUACAGCAUAUUUCAUUAUACAUGAACGCAGUGUGCCUAAUACAGAAAAACGGGAGGGAGUGAAAACAGCAAACUUAAAAGAAAAAAAAAAAAUUGAGUGUAGGCCUAUGUGAACAAAAAUCUUUUGAGUCUGGUUUUGAAUGUCAACACAGAUGGAACGGAUCUUGGGUCAGCAGGCAACAUUUUCCAAAGAACAGGACAAUUUAUUAACACACGGAUGGCUGAUAAUUUGACAGUAAAUAAUGUUUAGUGUGCUUCUACACAUUGCACAGGUCAGCUGCUACAGUCACUUUGCUUACAGCUUAAUUGCAGCACUCUUAUGUGAAAACUGAAUUUCAACCAAUGUAGCUGCAGAACAUUUUUAAUGAGCAGUCUGUUUUUCAUUUGGCUUGUCAGCUGACACUAAACUUGACCAACUACAUCCAUCUGUGUGCACAUAUAGUACUAUAUGUGUGUACUAUUUGCAUGUGUGCGUGUUUUAAAUUCUGUGAAAAUAGUUAAAAGUCGGAGGACAUAGCUUCAUGGGUUGUCCAGAUCACAGACAUAAGUAAAAGUUCCCUUUUGUUGUUUUAAAACUUGCUAAUUAUGUUAUUAAUAAUUCUUUCUUGAAAAUGUUUAGGGGUGAAGGUCACACAAUGGCAACUGCAGGAACUGAUGAUUUGAAACCACUGACACGGAGUUCCAGCAAUGAAUUCCUGCCACCUUCCAUGUCCGAGCUGAGGGUGGUUCUGCUGGGGAACAAAUGGUCAGAGAUGAGAGCAGUGGGGAACAUGAUACUGAGACAGGAGAAGUUCUGUACUGAAAAAGCACCAGACUGCUGUGUGGAAUUCAGGACACCCUUCAAGGAAAAACAAAUAGUUGUCAUUAACACCCCAGACCUGUUGCUUCCCAAUAUUUCUGAUGCCAAACUGAAGGAGCACGUAGAAACCUGUGUGAGGCUCUCUGCUCCUGGACCUCACGUGUUCCUGUUGGUUCUACAGCCUGAAGACUUCACUGAGGAGCAAAAUCGGAGGCUCUGCAAAGUCCUUGAAGAAUUCAGUGAUCAAUCAUUUGAUCAUUCAUUGGUUCUGAAAUCAACUCCCAGAGAGAAGAGCUCAGCUUUCAUGAAAGAAGAUCAACCCUUAAAGGACUUUAUCAGAAAAUGCAAAUACAGACAUUUGAAGCUGAAGAACCUCGAACGUGCAGAGCUGCUAACACGCUUGGUUCAAAUUGCAAAAGAGAACAAUGGACACCUGGUCUGGGAUGUAUUUGAGGAUGCAGCAACAGGUCUGGCUUCUGAGCAGGAAAACCUCAAACAAGAAAAAACAUCAACCUUUCCAUUUGGUCCAACAAAGGGAAUUGAACUCAAAGCUCCCAGUGAAUAUUCCCAACAGUCACCUGGACUCAGAAUUGUGAUAUUUGGAAAAAGUGAGGACAAAAAGAACACGCUCUGCCAAUUCAUCAUGCAGAAAAAACACUUUCAGUUCUCUAAAUUCAACCCGAACAAGCAAUGUGAGGUGGCUCGUGGAGAAUGGAAAAGAAAACCAGUAACAGUGGUGAAAACCCCAGACAUGUUUAGUAUGACUGUGAAAGCAAUUAUUGAAGAGAUGAGAAGCUGUGUGAGUCUUUCCCUUCCUGGACCAAACGUUUUGCUGCUGUUAGUGAAACCUUCUAAUUUCACUGAAGAGAACAGAAGAACUCUGAAGGUCAUCCUGAGUUUGUUUGAUCAAAAUGCCUUUAAACACUCGAUGGUCAUCAACACACAUGACAACCCAAUGAGUUCCUGUGUGAAUGAACUCCUCUGGGACUGUGGAGGAAAAUUCUAUAACAUGUUUGAGGAAGACCACAAACACUUAAUGGCGAAGAUUGAGGACAUUGUGAAUGAAAAUAAAGGAAAAUUCCUCACGUUCACUGAAGAGACCACACAACUGACGUCUGAACUCAUCAAGCCAGUGCUAAACCUGGUUCUGUGUGGGAGGAGAGGAGCAGGGAAGACUUCAGCAGCCAAGGCCAUUUUAGGUCAGACUGAGCUUCAUUCAGACUCCAACUCAUCAGAGUGUGUUAAACAUCAGGGAGAGGUGUGUGGACGUUGGGUUUCCCUGGUGGAGCUGCCUGCCUUGUAUGAAAAACCUCAGGAGGCAGUGAUGGAGGAAUCACUCAGGUGUAUUUCCCUCUGUGAUCCUGAGGGUGUCCAUGCCUUCAUCCUGGUCCUAACUGUGGCUCCCCUCACUGAUGAAGACAAGGGAGAGUUAGAGACCAUCCAGAACACAUUCAGCUCUCGAGUCAAUGACUUCUCCAUGAUUCUGUUCACUGUGGACUCAGAUCCUACACAUCCAGCUGUAGUUAACUUUCUAAAAGACAAGAAGGACAUCCAAGAGCUCUGUGAGAGCUGUGGAGGAAGAUCUGUUGUUCUCAACAUUAAUGACAAACAGCAGAUCCCACAGCUGGUCCAAGCUGUGGAAAAGGUGAGAGAUAACGGACCCAAAUCCUUCACAAAAGACAUGUUCAUAUUAGCUCAGAUGGAGAGAGUGGUAGAAGAGAAAAACAUUAACACAAGACUUAAAGCUGAAAUGGAUUUAAGAAAAGAAAGGGCCAUGUGUGUUGAUGAUAGAAAUCAGAACAGGGAAUGUCUCAGGAUGGUUCUGAUUGGAAAGACUGGCAGUGGGAAGAGCGCAACUGGAAACACCAUUCUGGGGAAAAAACAUUUUAAAUCUAAGCCCAGCGGGAGGUCUGUGACAAAGUUCUGUGAGAAAGCAGAAGGAGAGGUUGAUGGACGUCCUGUUGUUGUGGUCGACACCCCCGGUCUGUUUGACACGAGUCUGUCCAGUAAUGAAGUUGAACAAGAGCUCGUUAAAUGCAUCACCAUGUUGGCUCCUGGACCUCAUGUGAUCUUACUGGUGCUAUCAAUCGGCCGGUUUACAAACGAAGAAAAAGAAACUGUUGAACUGAUAAAGAAAUACUUUGGGAAAAAUUCACAACAUUUCAUCAUCGUUACAUUUACCAGGAAAGAUGAACUGAAAGGUCAAACAUUUGAGAGUUACAUAGAAGAUGAUUGUGAUGAAUUUGUACAAAAACUGAUUCAUGAUUGUGGAGACAGAUAUCAUGUCUUUAAUAAUAAUGAUGCAAAGAAUCGUGCUCAGGUCAGUGAGCUGCUGACAAAGAUUGAGGUAAUGGUGCACGAAAAUGGAGGCAGCUGCUACACCAGCGAGAUGUUCCAAGAGGCUGAGGUGGCAAUAAAGAAGGAAGUGGAGAGGAUCCUAAAAGAGAAGGAAGAGGAGAUGAAGAGACAGAAAGAAGAGCUUGAACAAAAACAUGAGGAACAAAUAAAAGCAAUGGAAGAAAGAAUGGAAGAACAGAGAGCGGAAACUGAAUGGCAGAGAAAACGGAUAGAAAAACAACUUAAAAAAAUGAAGGAUAACAUAAAGAAUGAACGUGAACAGAGAAAAAGUGAACAGAAAAGGCGAGAAGCAGAGGACCGCCAAAGGAAAAUACAAGAUGAACUUCAACAACAAGAGUUGGAACAAAAGCGUAUAGAUCUGGAGAAAAAACUAAAGGCAGAAUCAAAGGAAAAGGAAAUAACUGACCGACAGCUGGAACAAAGCAGAGAGGAGAUGAGAAACCAACGAGAGAAGUGGGAAAAGGAAAGGAGUGAGUGGUGGGACAAACGACAUCAAGAAAAUGAAGAGAAACAAGCAAAACUUAGAAAACUGCAAGAAGAAUACGACCAGGAAAGAGAAAAAUAUGUAAACAAGAGAAAAGAAGAGGAUCGAAUGAGAAGAGAUCAAGAGGAGAGAGAACGGAAAGAACUGGAGGAAAACUAUAAGAAAAAACUGCAAGAAAUGAAGACGAAAUAUGAAGAAGAAGCCAGAAAACAGGCUGAAGAGUUCAACGAGUUCAGACAGAAAUACACCAAAGACUUUACAGCUCUGGUAGAAAAACACAUGGAGGAAAUAAAAGAACUGAAACAACAACAUGAGAGAGAAAUGCAGCAGACAGACGUGAGACACAGUAAAGAUUACAAACAGUUGGAUGAACUCUCCAGUUACAAAGAAAAAUCUCUCAAAGAACAAAUUAAGGACUUGGAGAAAACGCAUGAGGAAGAAAUAGAGGCUCUAAAAAAGAAAUAUGAGAGCAGCUGUAUUAUCCUCUGAUCAUGAACAUGAUAGCUCUUCAGUACUUUUUCAUAUUUUUGUCCAACUUUUUUUCCAAUAUUUUGGAGAUUGAUUCAAAUGUACAGGACUCCAUGUUCUUGACAAGUCUGGCUAAAUAUUUAGAUUAUGCACAGUUAAUAAGACUAAUAAGAAUGUACAUCUGCAGUAUGUGUGACAUUGGCAUGGUGGACGAUGUUAAGUAAAUUCUUUGAUGUACAAUAUUUAAUAUGCGGUAAAAUUGUCACUCUCUUUCAUAAUCGCUUUUCUCCUCAUUUGGAGACUGAAAUAAAAACAGAAUUAAAAUGUCCAUACGUUCUUUAUGUCAUAACAACCCACAGCUUUACUGUGUUCCAGCAAAGUAUCCAAUAGCAGUGACAACUCCUCCACAUUAGCAGGUGGUAUUCUUCGUUUUUGGGGACGGCUCCUUUUACCUUUCAAUAUGGAUGGUCUGUUUAUGUUUUGAUCCAGACAGCAACAGGGA